CCCAGUAGCACAGUCCAGUCAUUCCCUUGCAAAGUGAUAAUUGCACUUCGACGUGAAUAUCGCGAUAAUAUCUACACUGUCCAGUCCACCAUAUCCUCAGCUUGCUCUCCCAGGCAUAACCUUCUUAAUCGGUACUGGCGGACUUCGGCAACGCAAGCCGCUCUGUAAACCGACCCAAUGCCUUCCGCAAGAGUCACUUCAGAUGGCGAACAACCGACAACAAUAACAACAAAUGAUCAGACAUCACCCACAUCUGCCCCAACAAAACGCGUGACCGAUUCUAGAGCAUAGCGGCAAAUUGAUCUCACGCCGUGAGAAUCGCGAAGCAGUGACAUAGCACAACAUGUCCAUCAAGUCUGUGGUCCAGCUCGGAGCCGAUGGCAAUAUAGGGCCAAGCGUCUACAAGGCCCUCAAAGACAAUGGCUUCGACAUCACAGUCCUGAAGCGCAAGUCCUCCAAAUCAAAGUCAAAAUACCCAAAAGAAGCCUUCGUAUCCGACGCAUUCGAAGUAGAUGAACUGGUCGAAGUGCUCAAAGGCCACGACGCCGUCGUCAUCACCAUCAAUGGCAAUCAAGUAGACAUUCAGAAGCGCAUCGCAGACGCAGCCGUACGCGCCGGCAUCAAACGCCUCAUCCCCGCCGACUUCGGCUCCGUCGACUCCUCCAGCCCCCUAACCCAAGACCUCGUCCCCUUAUACCGCAACAAAUCCGCCCUCCGUGAAUACCUCAUCUCCUUGGCCAAAGGGAAUCCCACUUUCACCUGGACCAGUCUCGUCUGCGGCCACUUCUUCGACUGGAGUCUCGAAUUCCUCCACAUCUGGUACCCCACCCGAUCCAUGGACAUUCUCGACUCCGGCGACGUAAAAUGGUCCGCAUCAUCUUUCGCCCAAGUCGCCCUCGCCACAGUUCGCAUUCUGCAAAGACCAGAAAUCACUGCGAAUCGAAUGAUUUAUGUGCAGAGUUUUUGUAUUUCGCAGAAUGAGGUGCUAGGAGCUUUUGAGAGGGUUACGGGGGAGAAGUGGAAUGUGAAGAGAUUGGAUUCGGAGGAGUAUAAGAAUGAGAGGGUGAAGAAGAGGGACGAGGGGAGUAAAGAGGCGAUUGAGGAUUUGGUUUGGUUGUUGGGGGCUAUUGAUGCGAAUUGGGAGGGGAGGAAAGAUUUUGCGAUGAAUGAACUGGGACUGGAGAAUGAGGAUCUGGAUGUUGUGGUUAGGAAUGUUGCGGAGGGGUUGGAGAUGGAGAAGAAGGAGGUUGCGUGAGAGAGUGUCUUUUGCUUGGCUUGAGAAUGCGUAGAGAUAGAUCGGUCGUGCUAUGUUCACCUUAUCUUCCAGCUGUGUGCAUGCUGUUUGGAGCUGAAUAGAGAUUUUACUUCACAUGUCGUUGACUUUGCCUUUGUGUCCGUAUGCGGGAGAACUACUCAUGGCAUAUCCGCGACAGGUCGGCAUGCCGAGUCGUUCAAUGUUGCAAAACUUCCACGUUCCGUUCCGCGGUGUUUCAGUGAAAUCCCUGACCGGCAGCCGGGUAUAGCUCGUAGUUGUGAGUUUG